AACAAACAAACAAAACAAAACAGAAACAGAGAGACUCUCACAGGUCGGAUCUGAUUCCUCCGCAGGGGAUCAGAUUCUUUGAAGUCGACGAUUUCGCCAAUAGGUCACACAACCUUUAUCAUCAUCACAAUCUUUGGUCAACGCUGAGGUUUUAAGGUUCAGCACAAAGGUUAUGGAUUCUGGUAAUGGCCAUCAAGAACCGUUUCGAACCAGGUCUUUUAGUCGGGAGAGUAGUUUAGCCUCUUCUUUGAGCUUAUCACGCAGCUUGCCUCUAUUCAUUAGUACCAAUGAUGUGGAUGAUAGUGAGAGUGUCUCAGAGGCUGGGGAUAUUGGGGACCGCUCGCUCCGGAGAAGGCAUAGUAUUGGUAGAAGCAACCGUUUGUUUUCUUCUGAGGAUUUGCUAGAACAAGGGGUGACUGAUGAUACUUCUCGUCAAGAACAUGACCUUUCUGUAGUCAAACCUUUGCCUGAGCACAUGACAACAUCUCCUUUACCUACCAAAUCACUCUUGUCACCUGAGACAAACAAACCGGUAAAGAAGGAAGGGCCUGUGCUACCAAAGUCCUUGGAAUACAUAUCUUGCCUGAUUCAUUUGGCUGUUUUUGGGAUUCUUGGAGCUAUUACGAGAUACUUGCUGCAGAAACUGUUUGGACCAAGUGUUGCUCGAGUAACCAGCGAUGGGAGCAUCUUGUACCUUGAUCUUCCCUCCAACAUGGUAGGAUCAUUCUUGAUGGGUUGGUUCGGCGUCGUGUUCAAAGCAGACAUAACCAGAGUUUCUGAGUUUUUAGCGAUAGGAUUAUCGACUGGUUAUUUGGGAAGCCUCACAACGUUCAGUGGCUGGAACCAGAAGAUGCUGGAUCUUAGUGCUGAUGGCAAAUGGCUAUACGCUGUGCUUGGCUUCCUGUUAGGAUUGUUUCUUGCGUCAUACUCCAUCAUUCUUGGGGUAGAAACAGCCAAAGGUUUCAGAUGGCUUCUUCAGAGAAGAGCUUCUUCUUCUUCUAAGGAAAGAAACUCUUGUCUUCUUGAAGUUAACACGUUUAAGAGCCAUAUUGUGUCUAUGACCUUAAUGGUUUUGUUGCUUGUGGCUUUACUCGCUGUGAGUGCCACUCAGCUUGUGAAAGAGUUUGACAAAGGAACAAGCGAGGCUCAGUUAUGGUUAGGUUGCUUAGUUGCAGCGCCUGGUGUGUGGCUCAGAUGGUUUCUUGCUCGGCUCAAUGGACGUGGACUGGGGAAAGAUGGACAGUACUUGAGGUGGGUCCCGUUUGGAACUGUUAUUGCGAAUGUAGCUGCGGCUUCCGCCAUGGCAGCGUUGGCCACGUUGAAAAAAUCGGUGGACACUACAACAUGUAACACGGUUGCUUCUGGCAUUCAGUUUGGUCUGUUGGGAUGUCUAAGCACAGUUUCCACCUUAAUGGCUGAGUUCAAUGCCAUGAGAGAGAGUGAUUAUCCAUGGAGAGCCUAUGCGUAUGCAUCUUUCACUAUAGCGGUUUCUUUUGCAAUUGGAACUGUUAUAUACUCUGUCCCUGUUUGGGCUGUAGGAUUCAAUUAGUUAAUAUUCAAACUAGAUGAGUCUUGUAAACAAAGAGUUUGGUGACAAUCAAGUUACCCUUGUGCAGAAGAAGUUUUAAGAUCAAACUUGUAUACUAUAAUGAUAACUUUUUCCUGUUUUA